GUCUGUGCGCACCUCUUUCCCAGAUUCAGAGACACACACACACUGCAUGGGAAGAUAAAGCUGCUCAACCUGGAUGAGACAGAUGUGGAUAUGGAUUUUACACUUGCAAACUAAUGGAUGAAAAUAGUGUAAGCCAACAUGCUGACUUACUUAUUCAGUAACUGGAUCACACAUGCAGAGGAAAAGUCACCUGCAUCUGUGUUAUUCAAUGAGGAAAAUACAUUUAUAGAUGUCUGCUCUCAAACGCUUGGAGAUCAUCACAUGGCAAGUAACAGAAGGCAUAAGUAUAAAUACAUCUAUGUGAAGAUGUCCACAUUGCUCUUUGGAAUUAUUUUGGCGAAUGCAAUGAUGGUGGGUGUAUGUGAACAUUCGGACAUGGCAGAAAGAGGAUUACUGAAUUCUACUGACCCAAACAUUCUGCUCCAUAAAAAUUCAGUGUACCAUCUUAUAAAUGUGUCUUGGAGUUUUGAACAAGCGCAACGUUACUGCGGUGGUCAGUCAAGUGAACUCACAACCUCAGGAUUCAAAGAGGAUGAGGACGGAGUCCAGCAGCUGCUCUUGAAAUCCAAACUGAGGGGCCCUGUGUGGUUUCAAAGCAGUCAGAAUCCAAAAGACCUGCAGGCCAAGAAAAGAAGGGUCCUCCCAGGUUUAUCUUUCAAGGGAAAGGAUAGUUUUGCUCGUGUGAACACCUCGUUCCCGUCUUUGUCAGACUUGAGCGUUUGUGUACGCGUUCAGUGGGACCCGGAGUACGAGAACGUCUCCACAGUCUUCUCAUAUGCAGCGCCUGUUUUAAUCAAUGAAUUCCAGCUUCGAGGACAGAUCCAGAAUUCAGAAACACAUAAGAAAUAUAAAAAACCUGCGGAAAAGGUACUGCUAGCGCUUCUCAUUCAAGGACAACAUCAUCCUUACAAAGCCGAGCUGCCACUUGACAAAAACUGGCAUCAUGUUUGCGUCACAUGGAGCAAGAAUAAUGAUGAAUCCUGGGCUAUUUACGUGGAUGGAAAACAGGGUGAUUCAGGGAACAGGAAAGGAAAAGGGACAGGGACGGACAAUCCUCGAAACAUUCAUGAAAAUGGGAUAUUUAUUGUGGGGCAAGACCAGGAUUCCUUUGGUGGAACUUUCACAGAGCCGUUUAUUGGAAACCUGACUGAUCUAAAUAUCUGGGGUGAAGCUCUGGACUUAAAACAGGUGCAGGCGCUGGAGUCUUGCUCACAACUGACCAAUCGCAAGGUGAUCUUCAGUUGGGAGGAUGGGAACCUUGUCAAUCGGUCUGCUGACAAUGUGUCUGCCACACUCAACUGUACAGAGACCCAGAAGCCAGUCCAGAUACCGAAAAACCAAUGUAAAGUUUUUAGUGCUGGGCCUGAUGGUCAAGAUCGGUACACCACCACCCCCUGCACAAACACAUAUCCUUUCAUAUGCAAAAUCAGUAAAGAAUCCUACCUGAAGAUGAAAGAUAUUAAAGAAUCGCUGAAGUCCAACCCAAGCCCAUUCAUGAAACAUCUCAUGGAGUUUGGCAUGUCUGCAGAUGAUGUGUUCUCCGAUGCUGUGGAUGGACAGAGUUGGACUUCAGUUUCACAUCUGUUAAACGUAUCUGAGCAGGUGGUGUUGAAGGAACAGAAAAAGCUGGAAGGCAGAGACAUUAUUUCUUUGAUGCAUGUUCUGUCUCGGGCUGCUAACCUGCACAGUACAGACAACCAGAAGUACCAUGAUGCUGAAAGACUUGGACAGAGUUUCAUCAAUGUUGCAGAUUCACUCAUCAGCCAAGACAAUGCCAGUACAUGGGGCAGCAUCAAAGGGGUAGUGAAUGGGCCAAUGGCUGUGAUAAAGAAUGUAGACCUUAUGGUGUCUAACCUCAACUCUUUGCUGAUGAACGACACAGACAGCGUGGAGAUACAAAGCAACAAUAUUAAGCUGCAGAUCCAACAGAAGAUUAUGUCUGAUGGUUCUGGUGUUUCUGCAUUUUGUGGGGCAGAAGUAGGAAAUCGUGACUGCAUCUCUGUCCCAUCAAAAGAACUUAUCAACAAUGGCUUCAAAAAGGUGACUUUGUUGAAUACGUGGUACAACUCUGUCAAAUGUUUCUCAGAAACAGAGCAGAACAGUACUCUUCCUCCUAGCGCCAGUGAUAGUUAUUUGAGAACAGUGUUGGGUUCAUCAAUCAUCUCCAGUACAGUGUUAAAAGAUGGAGAGAAAUUCAGCAUGCCAGUACAAUACACACUACAACACCAGACGAGUGAGAGCACUUCAAAGAGAACAGUACCUUUUUGCGUCUUUUGGGAUUUGGGCUCAACGUCUGAGGAGGGCAAGUGGUCAACAGAUGGCUGUUAUUUAAUUUCCUCUCAGAAUAACUUGACUUCCUGUUACUGUAACCACACGACAAACUUUGCCGUGCUGUUACAGAUCUAUAAUGUUUCGAGAGAACCUGAACAUGAAAUAAGCCUACAGAUACUCAGUUUGAUCGGCUCUGGCUUGUCUCUAUGUGGACUCAUCUUCACAUUUAUUCUCUUUGUUGCUGUUGGUGUUCCCAAGUCAGAUCGUACCACUGUUCACAAAAACCUAAUAGUGGCUCUGGCUGCAUCUCAGUUUCUCCUAAUAUUCAGUGACUGGGCUUCUAAAAAUAAGGAAGCAUGUUGGUUAGUCACAGUCCUCCUCCAUCUGUUUUUCCUGUCAUCUUUCUGUUGGAUGCUGGUGGAGGGAUUACUGCUGUGGAGUAAAGUUGUUUCAGUAAACAUCAGUGAAGAGAGGAGAAUGAAACUCUACUAUGGGUUGGGCUGGGGUCUGCCAGUUAUUAUAGUGGCUGUAACCUUGGCAGUAACUUUCGACCAUUAUAAGGCAGAGAAUUACUGCUGGCUGAAUAUUCAGUCGACUGUUAUUUGGGCUUUCGCAGGGCCCGUGCUGUUUGUCUUGUCUGUCAAUGCUGUGGUGCUUUUUCGUGUCGUUAUGGUUACAGUGGCCAGCGCACAACGCAAAGCAAAAAUGCUGACGCCCAGUUCUGAUUCCAAACUUCACAAGCUUGAUCUUACCUGGGCGGCGACGCGACCAGUGUUGAUCUUGCUGCCAGUAUUAGGUUUGACGUGGGUGUGUGGAGUGCUGGUCCACUUAUCUGUGGUUCUGGCUUAUCUCUUCACCAUACUCAAUGCUUUUCAGGGUCUGUACAUUUUCCUGGUAUAUGCAGUUUGCAACAGUGAGGUGCGAAACGCGAUCAGAAGAAUUCAGGAGAAACGAAAAGCUUUGUCGUUUACAAACUGCUCUCAACCUACCAGCUUCAUGCCCUCUCAAAAAUCUCCCAGUGCAUCAUGGGUACACAGUCUGCCAACUCCAUCCAGCCCAGACAUCAGUGAAGGCUCCACUCCCAUCAGCAACUCUCUCAUCUUUAAGAACGAACGGUUUAAAGAGGACAAUGCUGUGAGUUUCUCAUCAAAAGCUGAAAAUGGAAACCAGGUGGUUCAGCUGACAGCAUUUAAGCCCUCAGGUAAAAAUCUGUUUUAUUUUAAUUUAACCUCAUUUGUACCUGCAUUAGCUGAAAGACAAAUGUUAUAAAGGUAGAAGCUGUGU